AUGAUCGGCUCACUUCCGAGCGCAGGAGCUCUGAGAGGACUUGCGACUACUAUACGGCCCAGUCCAACCAUUCUUCGCCUCGGCGGCUCGAAUGCUCGAAGCAUCUCCUUCUGCCGACGACAUGAAGCCCAGCUCCGGCUCAACAAGGAGUCUAUACGACAGCGCAUAAGAGCCUUAGAAGAGUCCAGACGGAGGUUUACGGCCAGCGCUUCUCGCGCGCAUGGUCAUAUUGACAAGCCUAAGCCAGGAGAGGAACUGCAUGUCACAUUCAUCGACAAAGAUGGGGAUUCACAUGAAUUCGAGGUUGCGGAAGGCGCGAAUCUGUUAGACAUCGCUCAAGCAAAUGAUUUGGAGAUGGAAGGCGCUUGCGGUGGUUCCUGUGCUUGCUCGACGUGCCACGUGAUCGUGGAGGGCGACGAUAUGUACGACAAGCUGGAAGAGGCGGAUGACGACGAGAACGAUAUGCUGGAUCUGGCCUUCGGACUGACCGAGACAUCGAGGCUCGGCUGUCAGAUCAAAAUGACGAAGGAUAUUGACGGAAUCGUGGUUAAGCUGCCUUCGAUGACACGCAAUAUGCAAGCAGGAGAUUUCCAGUCCAAGUCAUAG